CCGCCGUGCCCGGAACCGCCGGGCCCGGAUAUCCGGGCAGGGCCGCUCGGCGCUCGGUGCGGCCCCGGCCAUGGCGGCCCUGCGGUCGGACCCCGAGCUGGCCCGGCAGCUCUUCUUCGAGGGCGCGGCCGUGGUGGUGCUGGACGUGCCCGAGGGCACGGAGUUCGGCAUCGACUACAGCGCGUGGGCCGUGGGGCCGCGGUUCCGCGGCGUGAAGAUGGUGCCGCCGGGGCUGCACUUCGUGCACUGCAGCGCGGCCGGCGCCGGCGGGCGGGACGCGGGGCCGCGCUCCGGCCGCUUCCUCAGCCUGCGGCGCCGCGAGGUGCGGGUGCUGCGCUGGGACCCCGCGGGCGAGGCCGUGCGGCCCGAGCCGCCCGAGCAGGGCGAGGCGCUGCGGGACAGCCUGCGGGAGCUGGACCCCUUCCUGGGGCCCUACCCCUACGAGACGCUGAAGAAAUGGGUGUCGCUGAGCAACUUCAUCAGCGAGGCGGCGGCCGAGGAGCUGCAGCCCGAGAGCGGCCAGAUCUGCGCCUUCGCCGAGGUGCUGCCCGAGGCGGGGGGGCGGCACACGCGGGACCGCGCCGGGCAGCGCCGGCCGCCGCUGGGCGCCGAGUGCCGCAGCUACGCCGAGGGCCUGGCCCGGCUGCCCCGCAUGCGGCCGCGGGCCGGCACCCAGAUCCGCUUCUCCGAGCUGCCCCGGCAGGCCUUCCCCGACGGGGCCACCCCCGAGGAGAUCACCCGGCACAGCAUGGACCUGAGCUACGCCCUGCAGCGGGUGAUGGAGCAGCGCUACCCCGGCCGGCCGCUGGGCCUGCUCGCUGAGUUGCAGUUUGCCUUCAUCUGCUUCCUGAUUGGGAACGUGUAUGAUGCCUUUGAGCACUGGAAGAGGCUCCUGAACAUCCUGUGCCGCUCAGAGGAGGCCAUAGGGAAGUACCAUGACCUUUACAUCAACCUCAUUUCUGUGCUCUAUCACCAGCUCAACGAGAUCCCAGCAGAUUUUUUUGUGGACAUUGUCUCCCAAGACAACUUUUUAACCAGCACCUUACAGGUGCUGUUCUCCUGCACCUGCAGCUCUGCUGUGGAUGAGGCUCUGAGGAACAAGGCUGAGAAGUUCAAGGCUCACCUGACAAAGAAAUUCAGAUGGGACUUCGAGGCAGAGCCUGAUGACUGUGCCCCUGUGGUGGUCGAGCUGCCUGAGGGCGUGCAGGUGGACUGAGCCGAAGGCCUCCUUGGGAGCAAACAGCUUCUAAAAUGACUCUUUCCUUCUCUUCUCCAACCCUGCCAGCUUCUUAAGGGCCGUGUCUGAAGCUGAUCCUCUUUCUGCUGGAGAAGCAGAUGUUGGAAACCCAGGAGGAUGCUGAGCUUUGUGAGGAGCCAUGGGGUGUUGGAGGAGUUUGAAUGUUGCCAUGUGGCAGCUUUGGACACAUUGGGGUUUUCCCAGCCCUCCUGCAGUGUCUCCUCCUAGAACACAAGCCACAAACAAAGUCACAUAAUCAUUAAAGUUCCAAAAGACCUUUUGACAUCAUGGAGUUCAGCCCUAAACCUGACACUGCCACGAUCUUCCUACACUCAGCUGUCCUCUCUGCAUCCCUGCUCCCCUCUUCUGCUAGGCUGGAGCUGAUGCCCUGCUUGGGGAGCACCUGUGCUUUAGGGGUGUGUCUGGGUUUGAACAGCCAGGUGUCUGCUAAGGAAGGCAGGAGACUCCCCUGGAAUGGAAAAUGUAAACUCCCUCCCUCCAAAUUAUUAUAAUUUUGAAAUUAAAAGGCUCUCAGGUAAAGAUAUGGGAAUAGGAAUUACAGUUCUUUACUAGGAAAACUAAAAGUACAAAUGCAAUAGUACAAAAAAAGAAAACAAACCACUGAGAGAGUCAGAUUAGGCCCUGGCCCCCUGUGGGUCAGGGUGGUGGCAGCAGUGCCAUUCCAUGGUGGCUCAGCCCUCCUGCAGGGCCAGCUGUGCUUCUGCUGGAGCAGGGAUCCUGCACAAGGCUGGAGUUUUCCUCUGCAGCUCCAG